AUGUCACUUUUAAAGAAUGAAUUGAUAAGACUUAGUAUUGAACUUGAUACCACAGUAUAUUUCCAAGAAAAAGAUGGUCAUUUUCAUAUAACUGUUAAAGCUUACUUUUCAGCUGGUGAAAUAGAAGUUACACGAAUAAACUACACCAGAGUUGGUACAAAUAAUCUCUCUGCAAGAUCAAAGAAACUGCUCACUCUUGCUACAAACACAUCUAGAAAAGAACAAUCGACACCAAAAGACCUGGUAGACCAUCAAAGAAACAAGUCUCAUUGGAGUGAUUCGAAUUCGAUCGAUGUAACAACAUGUCGUUCCUCGUGA